AGGCGGAGUUUGGUCCCUCCCCUCCGGCAGCGCCGGGCACUCAUCCGUCCGUCCUCCGUCCGUCCGUGCGGCGCACGGCGCCCUGCAGAAGGCCGGGACACCGCAGCAGGGUGGAAGGAUCUGGAGGUGUGGAGCCACAGGUUUCCAUCCUGCCUCCACCUCCUGGGGAGCAGCCCUGUGCUAUUCCCAACCCCCCCGAGCAGAGCAGUGAGCCAGCUGCUGCCUGCCUGCACCCUGCUGUGGGACCCUCUGCUCUUCCUAAGAAGCGAUGGCAUCGCUGUGGGCGAGAGCUCGGAAGGUGUUCAUGAAAAGUCGUGCUUCAGGUUUAUCGGCGAAAGCGGCGGCGGAGAUGGGCGGCGGCGGCUCGGAGAAAGGCUAUCGGAUCCCCGCCGGGAAGGGCCCGCACGCCGUGGGCUGCGCGGAUCUGAUGACCGGCAACGCGGCCGAGGGAAGCUUUUUGCGCCUGUAUUAUCCAUCAUGCGACGACACAGAUACUGAAGAGACGCCGUGGAUUCCGGAUAAAGAGUACUACCAGGGGCUGUCUGACUUCCUCAAUGUGUACCGGGUCGUGGGAGAAAGGCUUUUCCAGUAUUAUGUUGGUUCAGUGACCUGUCCUGCAAAAUCAAAUGCUGCUUUUAAGCCAGGAGAAAAAUACCCACUGCUUGUUUUUUCCCAUGGACUUGGAGCUUUUCGGACCAUCUAUUCUGCUAUCUGCAUAGAGAUGGCUUCUCAAGGCUUUCUGGUGGCAGCUGUGGAGCACAGAGAUGAAUCAGCUUCAGCGACGUAUUUCUGUAAACAGAAGGCUGAUUCUGAGCCAGAGGAGGAGUCUGCAUCAAGCGUGGAGAAGGAGUGGAUCUACUACAGGAGGCUCAGAGCAGGAGAGGAGGAACGCUGUGUGCGUCACAAGCAGGUACAGCAGAGAGCAGAGGAGUGCAUCAAAGCACUCAACCUCAUUCUAAAAAUCAAUUCAGGAGAGGAAGUGAUGAAUGUGCUGAACUCAGACUUUGACUGGAACCGCCUGAAGGAUUCUGUUGAUACUAGCAGAAUAGCUGUGAUGGGACACUCUUUUGGUGGUGCUACAGUUAUUGAGAGUCUCAGCAAAGAAAUUAGAUUUAGGUGUGGCAUUGCCCUUGAUGCAUGGAUGCUCCCAGUAGGCGAUGACACUUACCAAAGCAGCGUGCAGCAACCACUGCUCUUCAUCAAUUCUGAAAAAUUCCAGUGGGCUUCCAAUAUCUUAAAGAUGAGGAAGCUUAGCUCCAAUGAUACCAACAAGAAAAUGAUCACCAUCAAGGGAUCAGUACAUCAGAGCUUUCCUGAUUUUACUUUUGUGAGUGGAGAAAUCAUUGGAAAGUUUUUCAAGUUAAAAGGAGAAAUAGAUCCAAAUGAAGCUAUUGAUAUAUGCAAUCACGCUUCAUUAGCCUUCCUGCAGAAACAUCUGAGUCUUAAGAGAGAUUUUGAUAAGUGGGAUUCACUUGUGGAUGGCAUAGGACCCAAUGUUAUUUCUGGUACCAACAUUGACUUAUCUCCGGCUGAAUAAGGAAUACAAGGAAGUACUGCAAAGGCCACGUUCAUCAGGACACCACUGUUGGCCCAUAUUGCUUGGAGCUGAUACAGCACUGGCCUCCUACACAGCUUUUGGGGUGUGAAACAAUAACAACAACAACAAAAAUCACAACAGGGAAAGAUUUUAAGCUCAGAGGAGUUAGUGGGAUUCUCUGAAAUACUGCAACAGGGCAGCUCUUGCUUUGCAGGCAGUUGGCAUGAGGAAUCACUUGAUGGUAAUUUCUGACUUAGAGUCUACUUUGCAGAGAUAAAUUAAGCUCCAGGGAAUCCAACUAUCCAGUUUUGUCAGUCAGCAGCACCCAGCAAGUUUGGGGGUUGUUUUUUUUUUUUGCCAUGUAAGAAAGAGCUCCUUAAUUUGUUAAACUUAAUUUGUUAUGUAAGAGUAUUUCAGUUGUGCUCCAGGAAGUGCUUCUCAUCUGAACUUACUCCUUUUUGUGUUCAUGCUCCACACUCCCAGGUGGCUCCAUUCCAAAAGCUGCUAAAAAGGUCCCUCAUAGCAAGCAUAGUUCCCCCAAGGCAGAGCUUUUACAGCAGGGCCUCUCCUAUCACUCCCUGUAUCACUGCCAUCACUGGUACUGCUGCUGAUUACACUGGAAUAGAUGUACACUGCUGUUACUUGCUCCCUUUAAAAAGGGGGACACAACCAGUGUUUGAUUGCAGUGAUGGCUCACACAGUUGCAAUACCCUUCAUAUGUUCACCUUUGUUCAGGUGCCAGCAGAUACAGUGGGCUGUGAAUGGCCAAAUGCAGCUCUGCUUUCCAGAGCAAAACUGCCUGGAGCUGCUACAAGGAAGAACUCAUAGAGGGGCACUGACUACUACUGACUGUAAGCUGUUUGUUCCAAAAUAAGGCUACAAACAAGAUGCAGGCAGAGCAGUUAACACUAAUUAAGUAUUUUAUAUAAGUCUGAUCUUAACAUGAGAUUGCAGUGACAGCUGCAGUCUGUUUUUCAGAAUUAAAUUCUUUACAGCCUA